AUGUCUUCAAAAGAUGCUGAAUGGAGCAAACACAAAGAGGAAGUCUCCUCCCUCUACCGCAAGAACCCACUAAACCGGGUGAUGAAACAUAUGAUCGCGAAGCAUGGAUUCCACAGAAAGGAAUCCGAGUACAAGAAGAAGCUCAAAGCUUGGGGGGUGAGGAAGAACGGUACGACCUCAGCAUGGGUGUUCGUGCAGCGAGAGGUUGCCAAACGAAAGUUACAGGGGAAAGAAGAUUAUGAGGUGCUUAUGCAUGGGAAGAUUUACACGGCUAAGCAGGCAGAGAGGGAAAUGGCAAGACAUGUUACUUAUACUACUAACUGUGCGUUGGAAGGGGAGAAUGACAGCGCACCAGAGGGCGUGGAGGUUCGUACGCCUCGACUGAUGCCGAGGUCGUUGGUCCCGACGAGGGAGGUUCGAACUGAUAACCUCCCUUGGAUAAUAUUCAAGUAUCAAAGUCAGUUUGCGGUAGUGCGAUCAUUAAGCACACCAGCCGCACAUGCUGACAUGCUCAACUUACCAUAUAAUCCGAUAGAUGGACAAUCAUGUAGCCAAUCGGGCCAUUUAGCCGUCAACCAUAGGGCUCGGGGAGGCGCUUGUGAGGUUUCAUCCGUUAACGAAACGAACGUCUUCGACCUUUUUCUGCAGGACUGGGUUCUUCAGGAAUCCCCGAUUGACUCGUCAGUUGACAAUUUUUUGUUGACUCCUCCCGCUGGUUUCAGUCAUGAUCCACCAAGCGUCUUCGGCCCAAUAAUACAGGGCAGCGAUCAAGAAAACCGUAUUUCUGGACCAGGGUUCGAUAGUUCAAUAUUUUCAGCCCCUGAACCUGUAAAGGGCCAUUCUGCACUAACAGUCAUUCGAAAAUUAUCUAUACAACGGCGUAUUAACACAGAGAAUCAGCAAAUUGAUCUCCACCAACUGACUGGGUUCCUGAAACGGUACGUAGUCGAAGAUCAUAGAUCUAUGUCGGGUCUUCUCUCCAGCGACCUCGGCGGACUCGAUGAUCCCUCGCACCUGAGUCAAGUAUUCAACACGUUCGUAUUUCUUAUCACGAACAACCUCAUGAUUAUGGAAGAUAUCGCACGUGUCUUCUGGUGGAGUGGGGCAAAUAAGUACAACUGGGUUUUCAAGGAGGUCUUCAAGUUGCAAUGCCCAACGGUUAACGUCCUUGCGACCAAAUUAAUCCCAGCAGCUGUACAGGCGGGAGAUGUGGAGCUUGUUUCGAUGCUCCUAUCGCGAGGUGUCGAUGUCAACGUUUCAUAUUCACGGAUGCCCUCCGUUGGAUGGUCAAAUCUUCUGUCGAUGGCUGUCGAUUGCCGCAAUAUCCAUAUGGCGGGACUUCUCUGUGCGAAAGGAGCAACCCCUACAGUGUCGAGCUUCGCCGUCUAUAACAGAUAUACCGAAUCCAUUGAUACACUGUGGUGUAACCAUAACAUUGAUCUCCUUUCCUUGCUGUUAGCAUAUCACGCGGAUCCAGAAACCUUCGUUUCUGACGAAAAGAGAGGAUUCCCUCUGGUACAUGCUGCUUCCAAGGGCCAUUUUAGCGCAGUUUCCCUCCUGCUCAAGGCUGGCGCCCGGACACAUUGGUAUACACAAGAGCAUGGCAACGCUCUCCAAGCCGCUGCCGCAUAUGGCCACGAGGGUGUCGUCCGCAUACUCAUUGAGGCCGGUGCCGAUGUCAAUGCCAUACCGGAUCACUGGCAUCCCUCCUCGACACGUUCAAGGGAGCGAUGUGCGACUCUGCUAAGUCCGCUUGAACUCGCAGCAAAAUGCAACCAUACCAGAGUCGCCCAGAUGCUACUAUUGAGUGGUGCUCGCACAAAUGUCUGUCCGAGUGUCGAACGGUUUGGCUUGAAGGUGCUGGAAACCGAGUUUGCACGCUGGGGAGAGCCCGGCCGGAUGAUGGGACACGACAUGCCCUGUGCAUAUGCCAUUCAGUACGCAGCCCUCAAUGAGGACAAUGAGCUCAUGUCACUGCUACUUGAUUCUGGAGCAGAUCCGGAUUCGAGAAUCAGCCCCGACCUCGGAGAUACCCCGCUACAGAUAGCGGCUGGCAGAGGGGAUUUAUCGAUGACCUGUGUGCUGCUCGAUCGCGGAGCCUACGUCAACGCUCCUCCAGGAAAGUACUCUGGCCGGACGGCGAUCCAGGCGGCUGCGGCACAAGGAAACUUAACAGUAGUGGAGAGACUGCUGGAAGCAAAGGCAGAUAUAAACGCAGCUGCGGGCUGGCAGAACGGGAGAACCGCAAUGCAAGCCGCCAUUGAAUCGUCACAGGUGCUCACGGGCUUAAUUCUACUACAAAUGGGAGCCGAUAUCAACGCCAAACCAGGGUUCCGUGGCGGGAUCACCACGUUGCAAGCGGCAGCAUUAUCUGGUAAUUUGGUCAGUCUCAAGGUAACCCUGGACAAGAAGGGAGAUGUGAAUGCGCCAGCCGCGCCGGAGGAUGGACUCACAGCCCUCCAUGCUGCGAUUCAGAAUAAAGACCUCGAAGCACUUCGUCUAUUAGUCCAGGCAGGUGCAGACGUGAACGAGCGACCUUCAAAGCCCUUGUCAUCACCCUACAUGAACAAUUGCUUCCGUGCCGGAAACAAAACAGCCCUUCAGUAUGCAGUGUACUUGGGAUGGCUCGAUGGCGUGCGAUUUCUCGCACAAAAUGGUGCAGAUAUCGACGCCCUGCCUCCCUUUCCCGGAGAUGACGCAUAUACCGCCUUGGGUCAUGCGAUUGAAGAGAGAGACCCCCAAAUGAUCGAGUUAUUACUAAAGUGUGGCGCAAAUCCCAACAGCGAUUAUAUCCAUGACGAUGAUUCAUCAACUGCCUUCAGUUUCGCCCUUGAAAAUACAUGCUCACUUGAUAUCAUCGAUCUGCUAUUAGAAUAUGGCCCUAGUUUCAACAAUCUCAUAGGAAUGGAAUCGGCGCUCGAAACGGCGGUAGAAGUCGGUCAAGCGGACGUUGUCAAGAGAAUAAUGACAUUGAUGUCACAGUAUUGCCCUGAACACUACACCCGAUCACUCAAAACAAUAAUGUCUCAUAUAAUGAUAGACAAUGACUGGGCACCCGACUUCGAGAUGGUCCGACUAUUAAUUGACGCUGGGGCGGACACAAAUGCUCUUUACAUUUGUGACGACAAUACGUUAUACCAUGGAACACUACUUCAACGUUCAGUCAGGCGGUUUGCCAGUGGACCCAGAAUAAGCGUUGUCCAGUUAUUGCUCGACAAUGGAGCCGAAAUAAAUACUCCAGCAACGGACAACCUAGGAACGCCAUUGCAACUAGCCAUCCUGGACGAAGAAGUGGAGAUCGCAAAUCUACUGAUCGACCACGGAGCCGACGUGAAUGCCCACCCAGCAAAGAAUCGCGGAGCCACGGCAUUGCAAGCUGCCGCUAUGCACGGAUACUGUGGUCUUGCCAUGCGAUUGUUAGCCAAGGGGGCGGAUGUGGCGGCCCCAGCAGCGCCUAUUGAUGGCAGGUUGGCCAUUGAUGGAGCCGCGGAGCACGGGUAUCUCGAUAUGGUCCAGUUACUUCUAAAUGCAUAUGGAGAUCGACCAAACUUGUCAUUUGUGUGUCGUAGAGCUGCCGCUGCUGCAGAACGAGAGGGUCAUUUUGAUGUGAUGAGAUGGUUGCUAGAUUAUAUACAGUCAUAG